UCGUGCUUGCUGACCUGUCUGUGGGAUGGUGCAUAUAAAUGGAAAAAUGUAGCUGGUUUCCUCUCUACCAGUUGUUUGACAUCUAAUAGCCGAUGAUUAAUAAAUCAAUGUGCUUUAGUAGUGUCUUUAAACAAAACAAAUUUUAACUUUUUCCUUGGAUGGUAUGGCUGUAGUGACCUAGGAGCUGCCAAUCACAGAUCUUUAAAUCAAUAACACACGUUUGUUACUGGUGUGUGUUAUAAAGAAUGAAAGAUGUUCUCACCAACAGGUGUGUAACAAAUAAUAUUAAUAAGUACAUAGACCAGCACCACCCCUCCAAAUAAACAAGGGAAAACAAGGCAAAUGAAAAAAACCAAAAUUGACCAUUUAUGAUAUAAAGUAAACAAAAUAAGUAUAAAUCAAUAGGUUAAUCAAUAUAUUUUUAAAUAGCUAAUAAAUGUUUAUAAUCCAUACUAUUAAGGUACAUCAUGAAUUAUUUUAAUUUAUUAUAAUCACAUGAAUAUGUAUAUUAUCUUACAUUAGUUUGUUCUAAUUAUAUUAAAGGGUCUAAUAUCUUUGUUAACUCUAAUCAUAUUAAAGAAAUGCUGAAGAUCGCGUACCUAUGUUUGUGUUAUAGUCUCAGUAUGGAAAGGAACAGAUGAGGAUGUUUGUGGAAGUCUUGGUAACUAAGGAUGACAAAGCGUUUGACACGUUUCUGCGUGUUCUGCGUCGACCUUAUCGCUGGCUCUCCGCCCGUCUCAGACAGGGACUCAAGGAUGAGGAGAAAAGAGUACUUAAAGCAGAAAAAGGUAUUCGUCAAAAGAUUACACUGGCACUGCUGACCGCACGGAUCUCCGAGCGCCAAAAGGAGGAGAUAACUGCACGCGUUUCGCAUGUGAUGAAGGAUGAGCUGGCUGACAAGGCUCUGCGUGUGAGCGUCCCGGACCACCGCGCUGCCGCCGAACUGGACGAAGUGAACACACGACUCAGACAGAUCAUCAACGAGGAGCUUGACCCCAUGCUGUAUGGCCGAGUGCAAGAGACAGACAUGUCAAAGAGUGACAUCGAUGAUGCUGUCAAGAAGCUGCAGAGUCUGCUCAUCGAGUUGAACGUCAUCCAGGACUGCUAUGACAAGAUGGGCGUGCACAUGAUGGGGGGAAGCGGGAAGCUGCCCAACGUGCUCCGACAGAAGAUUGAAGAGACCCAGACGACCAUCAAGCUUCUGGAGAAAGAGAAACGAGAACUGACCAAAGAGAAAGCUCAGUUGUCACGAGAGAAGAAUGAACAACGACAAGAACUGAUUGCUCUGGAAUCGGAGAACAGGAGUUUGGAACUACAAAAUCGCACCUUAAAUUCGGAUCGGGAAAAGCUUGAAGAAGCCGUCAGAAAAACGGCAUUGCUCCGUGAUAGUCUUGAAGUUGAACGACGAAAACUGGAAGACCACAACAUCUGGAUGGAAUCAAUGUUGGAUAAUUUAGAGGGUGAAAAGAACAAUUACGAUGUCAAAAAUAAGAGGCUUCUUGAUAUCAAUCACAAACUGACGAGGGAUAUUCAGAAGAUUGCAUCAGAAAAUGAGCAUCUCAAAAAAGAGAUACAAGGAUAUUAUGGAGCUUAUGGAAAAAGCAAACUACAGUAUGAAAAUAAAACAUUAAACGAGGCCAACGUCAAACUCAGGGCAGAACUAGGAAGACUUGACAGCGAGAAACGACAGCUGCUUAUCAAGAAUCAGAAAAUGGAUUACGAAAACGAAAACUUGAAGGAGCAGAAAAGACGGCUACUGAUCGAGAAACGUAAAUAUUGGACAGAAAAUCAAAUGUUACGAACCGAGGCAAAGAGGCUGGCUCUUGGAAAAUACCAGCCAUCGGAUAAACUUCCUCCCAUCAAAAAUCUCAACCGAAGCAGAGCAAGUGUUAGGUUCUCCGACGACAAUGACGAGGACAAGAAAUCCAUGAAAUCUUACAAAUCAUCAAGAAGCAACAAAAGUAUAACACCUGGUGGACGGAGAAAGAGCAAAGGUCGUUCACCCAGUCAAGGUCGUUCACCCAGCCAAGGUCGUUCAUACAGCAAAGGUCGUUCAUCUAGCAAAGGUCGUUCACCCAGCCAAGGUCGAGCACCUAGCAAAGGUCGUUCAUACAGCCACGGUCGUUCCAGCAGCAAUGAUCGUUCACCAAGUCCAGUUAACAGAAACCCAAAGGCAUCACCAAUAUCUGUGACAUAUGGAAAUGAGCAGAGACGGACAAGACCGGCACAGACUAACGUCACAACUUCAUUUUCACAUGCCGCAAGUGAACGCAAAGCAAGAGAAAGAACAAGAAAAAACAUAGAAGACAGGACCGAAACAAAACCACGAGCCUCUGUAUACGACUACAGAAAAAACUCACUGAGAAAAGGAAACCAGGCGUAAAAACAAUGACUACCGGUACUUAAACUAGAACUGACUUAUAUAACUAUAUAGGUGUACAAUUACCUCUUGAAAAUACAACAGGAACCAGCUUUAACAAAUAAAACAACGACAUUGAUUGAGCUUUCCUACAUAAAGUUUCAGAAAGCAUAAAAAAAAAAAACAUUCCAAAAAUAUUCCAUCAGGAAGAGGAACCAUGCAAGACCAAAACAGUGACAUUGACCUUGUAAUUCUGGUAACUAAGACCUAUUUCAAAAAUACUUAAUUAGUCUAGAGGGGAAGACACCAAAACAGUGACACUGACCUUGUUUUACCAUAUACAUGUACACGUAACUAUGGUAACUAAGACCUAUUUCAAAAUACUUAAUUAGUCUUGAGGGGAAGACAACAAAACAAUGAUUCCAAUCAGAGGAACAUCUGGUCAAGGUACAUGGAAUAUAUAUUAUACAUUAAAGAGAUUCUGUUCUAACAGUUGUAGACACUUCAUGUUUGACUGUUCCUAUUAACACUAACAGAUACAUACCACACAUUCAAACACACACGUACAUAAACACCCCGGUACCCCUCAUAUGUCAGCCCUCCACACACACACACACCAUCAUGUUUGACUGUUCCUAUUAACACUAAUAGAUACAUACCACACAUUCAAACACACACGUACAUAAACACCCCGGUACCCCUCUUAUGUCAGCCCUCCACACACACACACCAUCAUGUUUGACUGUUCCUAUUAACACUAACAGAUACAUACCACACAUUCAAACACACACGUACAUAAACACCCCGGUACCCCUUAUAUGUCAUCCCUCCACACACACACACACCAUCCCUCUACACACACACUAUCCUUCUACGCACACACACAAACAUGCCACCCCCAUUAUACAUACACACUAAAUACUAACCAACAUGACUGCAGCAUAUGUAAUCAAUUAACUAAAAUAUGUUAGCCAGACAUUAUUUUAUUAUUCAAUUUAGUAAUUAUGCAUUGUAUUUAUUUUUAAAUAGAUAAAUGUAUCAAUAUUUAAGUCAGUCAACUCACUCUAACUUUUUAACACCUAAACAUAUAUUUAAUUAAAUAACAAUUCAUAUAUACAGUUUAAACAGAUUUUAAAAGAAAUAAGUUCUAAUAUGUAAACAUUACUUUUUGCAAACUUAAGUUCAAGCACUAUAUAUAUAUAUAUAUAUAUAUAUAUAUAUAUAUAUAUAUAUAUAUAUAUAUAUUACGCACAAAAAUCAUUCAUGCUUAAUGCUAUUUAUGACACAUAGUUAACACUGCAUCAUAAUCUUACUAGUUUAACUUAAUUUCACAUAUUAACAUAAGCCAUUUUCACGACAUAACUCAUUUAAUACAGGCACUAUCUUACUCCAGUCUCAUUUGAAAAUGACUGCAUGUGGCCACUUUCAGCUUUCAAGGCUCUUCGUCAUGAAAAAGAAAAAAAGAAAAUGAGAACUCAAAAUCGAUGAAUGGGUUCAGUAAAUGUCAUUAUUCUGACACACUGAUAAUGACCACCAUCUUGAAUUUCCAUGUGAGACCCAAGAUGAGUUUUAGUGGAUUUUCAAACUUUACCAUGAGCCAUCUUGUGUCAAAUUUCUAGUUAGUAUCUGGAAAAUGAGUAACCGAUGGCCUGACAAUGUAAUAUAGGAAUCCCACUAUGAUGAACCACCAAAGAUUAACCUCUUACAGCUCAGACAAGCAAGGGGCAGCAUGCUUAAACCUUCACUGGAAAUAGGCCUACAAAUUAAACAAAUCUGAUCAGCUAUACCAGCUAAAAUCACUUGUCAAGAGUUUGACAUCAGCAUCACACUUUCAAUAUGUUCAUAUAAUUCCCUGCCGUUUAAAUAAUGAAUUAAAAAACAAAGGAGUUGUUUAUGUAGUAAUUAGUGUGACAUGUACUUCACUUUUCCAAAUACUGGUUUGGAGUUGUUUAUGUAGUAAUUAGUGUGACAUGUACUUCACUUUUCCAAAUACUGGUUUGUCUUUGGUCAUUUGUUACUUGGAAAUUUGGCAGCUUAGUAAUAAAAAAUUAAAAUAAUUAAAUAAAUAAAUAUAUACACCUACCCCACAUCUCUUGUAUGCCUAAAUUAAUUAAAUUUCAGCAAACGUAGUGACAUGAAAUGCAUAUAGGUCUCUCUCUCAACUGACCUUCAGGUUCCAUACCACCAUUAAUUAUUGCAUGCAGUUCAAUACAAUUUCUGUCAGAAUAUAUUGUGUGAAAAAUACAACACUAUCAAGAGGGUCAUGUGACUACUAAUCUUAGGGAGUGCUCUCAACUGACAAGUACUGUGUAAAAAUUCAACAUAGAUCGACCACAAAAUGUUUCAGUGACCACCUUCAUGUGAGAGUACCACCCCAUGUUGCUGUUACACAAGUGUCACCAUACCACUUGCACAGUUAUCAUCAGUUAGCACUGAAUAACACAAGUUACUUCAAACCAGUGGGUUAUUUAAAUACUACUGAGGUCAAACAAAACUACAUGUACUUUUAAUCAUCAAAGAAAGAUUUCAAAACCAUAUCAGAAUUUUGUAAAAAAUAAUAAUCCUAAAGCGGACUAUAUUAAGCUGCUACAAGUAACGACACAACUAAUGGCGGUGUGUUGCCUUCAGUUGUCCUCAUAUUUGGUUAUCUUGAAAAUUAUUGAGUGAUAAUUGUUCUAUCUAAUUUAUACAGUGUACAUAUUUUGAAAAUAGGUUUUUAUUUAUCAAAUAGUUAUUUAUUUAACUGGCCUUCAUACUAACUGUGAUCGAUAUCCCUGUGCCAAAAAUUGUAUAUUUAUUAAUGAAUAAUUUUUACAAAGUUUUAAUGAAUAAAGAAGAUAGAAAAUUA